AUGUCCUUUGGACGCCUGUUCCGACAGUCACGCAUACCGGCGAUGCACACGUCGGAGAACGUGUCACCACAUGCGCCAACCACACAACUGGUCGGAUCAAUGCGGGGCAAAGGGAAGAAGCUGGAGUAUGGACUCAAGCACAGCCGGAACCCCAAACAGCCGAAAAUGGUGUCUGUGGCCGGCCAGGAUUGGUUAGGACUCGGCACCGACUACCGACCCCAGGACAUGGGCUUUGCACGCGCCCAGGAGCAGUUUUCCACCGCCGGAAUCGCCCUGGAAGGACCUCCCUUAAUACAAACUGCAUCACAGUCCAACCUCAGUUACGCCUUCAUCAAGUGGUGCAACGACCGAGGCGUCAAGCGCAGCGCUCUGGACGGCGAGUAUCUCAUCCAGCUUGCCAAAGAGUACGCUGCAACACAAAAAUUCGGUCCGUGGGACUCAAUAUCCACGAAACCCGUGGCUGGACCGUCCUACUUCCCCAAGGGAUCGCUACACACAUCUCGUAACGGAGUCAUGGCAAAUCCCAUGUUACCAGCACGUAUUGUGGAUGAUCAGCGCACAAAAGCUGCUUGCAUCGGCGUUGUGGCUACCUGUGAAGUGAACGACUCGUCUAUCAAACACCACAGAGACAAGAUUGUGAUGAUGGAGGUCCAGGGGGCCAAGCUGGACAAUGACAAGUUGAUUAUGAAGCUGCAAUCGACGACGAAAAAGGCGAGUGCCAACGUGUGGAAGGACUAUACGGGAUCUCAAAAGCUGCAAAGAAUGCACGCGGAUAGUAACAAACAUUCGCAGCACAGAAAGUACGAAAAGCUGUUUGAUUUGCUGCAGUGA